AUGGUGAAGGGGCGCCAUCUCCUCGCACGCACGGGCUGGUACGUCUGCCGCGGCGGAAACCUCGUUCGACGCGAGGUGGAACUGGUGCUGGAGCUCCUCAUCGCUGAUGGCCGCGAGGAGGGAGUGGUGCGGGAGGUGCGCCUCCCCGUCGUGCCGCGCGAGGUCACCGACGCCCCGACCGUGGCGGCCUCCGGCGAGGAGGAGGAGGAGGAGGAGCUGCAGAAGGAGGCGGCAGCGGCGCCCAGCGGCCGCCACCGGCGGUGGUGGGGGUGCUGCCAGGCCGCCACCCACACCAUCGCCCUCCACGCACCUCCCGCCCACGCGGACGACCAGGAGGAGGCCGUGGGGCUGGUGCUGCUGCUGGCCUUUGCCGAUGACCGCGCCGCCUCCCACUUCAUGGACUACGUGUUCUACCUCCAGACGGUGGCGCCACCUGUGCCGGCGAACGAAGACGGAGAGCCGGGAGACGAAGAGGAGGAAGAAGAGGAGGAAGAAGCGGCGGAGCGGGAGGACUACGACGAGAAGUACACCUUCACCCAGACCGAGUACUGGGAAUGCUUCCACGAGGAGACGGGCCAGGAGUGCUUCGAGUGGUACUCGGCCGAGGAGCUGCAGCGCCACAGCUUCCUGCGCGUACUGGGCCGCUUCUUCGUGCCCGCCCUGGCCGCCGCCUCCGCCGCCUCCGCCGCCACGCCCGUCUACCGCGGUUGUCUGGACUGCUUUGUGAACGGAACUGGGCGGGCACUGGUCCCCACGUACUUCCAGCGUGUGCUGCGGCCCGAUGGCCACUUCCUCAUGAUCACCGUCUCCAACAUCGACCUCCCGCUAAUCCUCCAAACUGGAGGAGAGGUGGCGCAGAAGGCCGUCUUCCGCAAGAACCUGGUCGAACCGCACCUCGGCCCGGACGAGAUCAUCGCCGCCCGCCAGCUCCACCGCCGCGCUCCCGGUACGGACCAAAGGAACCACCCGCGCCUGGCGCCAUCGCCCACCGCGUCGUCCCUUCACCCCAUCCCAUUGUCAUCGCCGUUACUGUUCGACACGACCAACGACGCCCACCCCUCGUGCCCUUCUCGCUGCUUCAAGCCCCGCUUCUACCGCUUCUAG